GCCCCCCGGGCCAACUGUAUUUAAAUAGCGGUCCAAAGAGAGAGAGUUAGCGAAACAAGCCACCAUGAGUUUGAACGAUAAGGACAAGGCUGCCGUCAAGGCCCUCUGGGCAAAAAUUUCCAAGUCAGCUGACGUUAUCGGCGCUAAUGCCUUGGUCAGGAUGCUCACGGUCUACCCGCAAACCAAGACCUACUUCUCCCACUGGCCAGACUUUGCUGCCGGCUCUGCCUCAGUGAAGGCCCACGGAAAGAAGGUGAUGGGUGGCAUUGGUCAGGCUGUGGCCAAAAUCGACGACCUGGUUGGUGGCCUGCUGGAGCUCAGCGAGCAGCACGCCUUCCAGCUGAGAGUGGAUCCCGCCAACUUCAAGAUCCUGUCUCACUGCAUUCUCGUGGAGCUGGCCACCUGCUUCCCCGGUGAUUUCACCCCGGAGGCCCACGUCUCUUAUGACAAAUUCCUGAGCAACGUGGCCCUGGCUCUCUCAGAGAGAUACCGCUAAACUGUCCGCAGUGUGGGAUGCGAUCUGCCACAGGAAACCAUGUAACUCAUGGUGCAAAAUUAUGAAAUAAAUUGCAUACUUCCCAAA